AACACAAAGCCAUUUCAUCUUUGUGUGAAUAAAUACACCUACCGGGCACCAUUAGCUUGGACUCUCGGAUUUCCUCAUAUUUCCUUACCUUGAAAAGUCGCAGGCAGACUUAUCAUUCACUGGUGCAUUGUUAUCGGUCCGCAAUCUAUCCAUCAUUCCCAUCAACAAAUCAUCAAAAUGAGAGGCUUCCUCGCCCUCUAUCUGGCCUGCACUGCGGCUGCAGCGCCCUCGUUUAGCUACGAGACCAUCCACGACGGAGCAGCUCCUAUCCUGUCCUCCGCUACCUCGGAAGAGGUCCCAAACUCUUACAUCGUCAAGUUCAAGAGCCAUGUGACUGAAUCAUCAGCCGCUAACCACCACACCUGGGUCCAAAAGAUUCACGGUGAACGCGAGGAUGAACGGUUAGAGCUCCGCAAGCGUGGUCAAAUCCCGCUGGUCGGAGAUGUCGUCGACAACUUCAAGGGCUUAAAGCAUACCUUGAAGAUUGGCUCCGAGUUCCUUGGAUACUCGGGUCAUUUCGAUGACUCCACCAUCGAGGAGGUCCGAAGGCAUCCUGAUGUCGAGUUCAUCGAGAAAGACUCCAUUGUGUACGCUCUUUCGGACAACGAACCGGAUCUUGAGAAAAACGCGCCAUGGGGUUUGGCGCGUAUCUCUCAUCGCGAACAACUCUCCUUUGGCACAUAUAAUAAGUACCUCUACGCCGCUGAUGGUGGCGAGGGUGUUGACGUCUAUGUUAUUGACACUGGUAUCAACACUGAGCACGUUGACUUCGAAGGUCGUGCCUCUUGGGGCAAGACCAUCCCUGCUGGCGACGAGGACGUCGAUGGCAACGGUCACGGUACUCACUGCUCCGGCACUGUCGCUGGUAAGAAGUACGGUGUUGCCAAGAAGGCCAAUGUUUAUGCCGUGAAGGUCCUUCGAUCUAACGGAUCUGGUACCAUGUCUGAUGUCAUGAAGGGUGUCGAGUGGGCUGCUGAAGCACACUUGGAGCAGGUUGCCAAGGCUAAGAAGGGUUCUCGCAAGGGCUUCAAGGGAUCCACCGCUAACAUGUCUUUGGGUGGAGGUAAAUCUCCUUCCUUGGACCAGGCUGUAAAUGCUGCUGUUUCCGCUGGUCUCCACUUCGCCGUUGCCGCCGGCAAUGACAACGCCGACGCUUGCAAGUACUCUCCCGCUGCUGCUGACAAGGCCGUCACUGUCGGUGCCAGUGCUCUCGAUGAUAGCCGCGCGUACUUCUCCAACUGGGGUAAGUGUGUUGACAUCUUCGGACCUGGUCUUAGCAUCCAGUCGACCUGGAUUGGCAGCAAGACUGCUAUCAACACCAUCUCUGGCACAUCCAUGGCCUCGCCUCACAUUGCUGGUCUGCUCGCCUACUUCCUCUCCCUGCAGCCCAGCAAGGAGUCCGAGUACGGUCUAGCUGAAAUCACUCCUGAGAAGUUGAAGUCCAACAUCGUCAGCAUCGCCACCAAGGGUGCUCUCUCUGACAUUCCCAGUGACACUCCCAAUCUACUCGCCUGGAACGGUGGUGGUUACUCCAACUACAGCAAGAUCGUUGAGGCGGGUGGCUACGUCGCUAAGACUCCUGCUGGCAAGACCGUCAGCAUUGAGGAACUCGAGAAGGCUAUCGAGCACGACUUCAACGUUGUUUCCGGUACCGUCGUUAAGGGCGUCUCCUCUCUCUCCGGAAAGGCCGAGGAUCUUUCUCACAAGAUCCACGAGAUUGAAGAGGAUCUUAAGGAGUUCUUCGAGGAGCUCCGUGUAUAAAGUAAUGUAGCAGUACCGUCCCUAGCUAGUAGAGUUUGCACGUGCUGGAUAAUUGGGCAUCUGGCAAGCAUGGCAUAGAUGAUCGAGGAGUAGUGUUUUUUUGGGCAUCCGGUAAAUUCGGCCUCUAUAUCUGUACAAGUGGAAUGGUUUUUCGGUAGUAUGGUUUACGUCUUAUUAGGCCUGUCUAGGUAGUCAUGGCUGGAAUAGCAAGUUUGUCAUUGUCAUUUCUUGUGAUGUGCAUCGUGAAGUGGUAUGAAUCUUUUUGUGAAAUAGCUAAUCGAAAACGUUAGCUACGAAAAACUACAUUGUUACGUCAGAAACAUGGAAAUGAUUUAACUUGGCAAUUUGCGAUAAUAUUUCUUUGCUGCCUUUACAUACGAAUAAAUCUUACAAGUCCACAUAGUUCUACUUUCGUAUGCAAAUAAAGCGGCGGAUGAUGGUAGCUACUGCGUACCUGUAUUUGUGUGCCUACCUACCUUACGUACCUACGUACCUUAGAGGUAGGUAGUAAUAUAACUUAUCAAGUGUUUAUUUACCAUCAUACUCAUAUACCAGAGGUAGUUAAUGGUACUAUGUAUGUCUAUAUUUUUAAAUUGGGUUGGGUAGGGACGUUUAUCAUGUAGAAAAAAAUCAAAGGAGUGAGGCCCUCGGGUAUAUCAACAUUUCAGACAUCAGUGUAGCUCCU